AUGCUGUCCUUGCUGGCCGGACUAGGCCUGUUAUACAGCAGCGAUCAGUUGGAUGACGAAAUCAUGAAACCUACGGAACUCCACCGCGUGCUGGGCGACUACGAUGUCAAUGAACUUAUGCAAGGCCUGACGCCACGUUGUGAAGAUCUGCUGUUGAGAUGUGCGUGGAACGAAGAGCCAAAGAAUUGUUCUGAACUCUUCGAUUUUCGACUUACCAUGAACGGAUAUUGCUGCACAUUCAACUAUUUACGACAAUCGGACGGCAUGUUUAAAGAG